AUGUUCUUCUCGUGUCCAUAUUGGAAGAGUUGCCAUUUUUUCCGAUGGGUUGAUGACGAGUCGGAUAGUGACUCGAGGGUUGAUGGAUUGAUGGAAGAGAAUCAUGAACUGAAAUUGAAGCUUGGUGAUAUGGAAGCUCUAGAAGGCCGUGUUCGUAAAGUAGAAGAAAAGGCCAGGAAACGGAAAGAAGAAAAGGCUGCGAUUUUAGAGGACUUGGGCAAGCUUGCCGAACUGAAUUCUGCUAUUUGUCUCGAACUGCGAAAGAUGAGACAUACAGUUUAUGGCCUUCAAAAGAGGAUGAAUUUAUGUUGA